CUCGUUGGAGCAAGGCGUCACAAUUGCAGAACAGGGCAUGUAAGCUACUCCGGGGGCACUCACGGCGGAAUGGUGCCUGAUGCGACGCCGCUUGCCCGCUUUCACGAAAUCCGAUGGCGCAGGCAUCUGCUAGCUCAAGCUUACGACCAAUUCACAACACAAUAUGGGGGAUGAGCUAAACGCUCUGGUGGUUGAGCUGAACGCUCUAGUGCAUGAGCUUGACAACGUUGAGUCGCAGUCGAGUCGCAUCUGGGAUGACUUCCCUGAGCUUCAGGCGAAAGCCCAGCUCUAUGACCUGUCCGGCUUGGGGGAGUCCGGGUUAACCAAGGUCCAGCUGUGCGCGGUGGACUGUUUCUUGAAGAAUGAGGGCGCUCUGGUGGCCGCGCUGAACAACUUUCUGGAGGACUACCCGUUUGGCCCAUAUGACCACCUCUCGGAGGCAUCGCGUGAGGUGCAGAAGCUUCGCAAGAAAGGCAAGGGCGAGAGAGCCGAUAGGCUCAAGACGCUGCUGCAGCGGUUCGCGGUGUCCCGCGGUGCUGAGGACGACGCCUUUGAGCAGCUACCGGCGCUGAUGGAGCUCGUGCGCGCGCCUCACAAGUUCGCACACCCCAUACGAUGAGGCGUACCUCAUGAACGAUAUGCCUCCAACCUGUCCGUCAGCGACAUCCUCGUGCAACUGGCAAACGCCAGCCAACGCCAGCCAAGGCCGCCGGCUGAGGGCGGGAGCUUGAAGGAAGGUGAGAAGGCUGGUCACGUAGUUAGAGGACUAGGAGGGGGGAGGGGGGCACGCCACUGGAUUGGAAUGGGGGAGCGGGGCGCCGUGGCGUGCCAACGACAGUGCAGGCCCCAGCGCUGGCUGACCCAAACUGACUCACCCGACGGUAAUACGCGGCCCGUUUCCACCUCAAUAAUUGCAGGAAGCUAUCGUGAUCGUCGUCAUCUUGAUCCUGGUGGUAGCUGCAACGACCUUCAAGCAAUGCGCCGCGGGCCCGUGGCGCGCCGCAUUGCAGGGAACCCAGCAAGGUCGCAGUGCUGUUCACGAAUCUCCGCCGCAUACGCCUUCACUGCUCGCUUGUGCAUUUUGGGGGACUGCCUCUGAGAACCGGAUUGCGCCUGGCGGCGCUUGUAUGAGCGGUACUUCAUGGGGUUCGGGACGCCAGCCGGGCUGCAGCUUGGCGCCCGUGGCCUUCGGGCGUGGUGCCAAGACUGCCCUAUCUCACGCACGGCGGACUAGGGUUGCUUGUUGAACCGCGCAGUUUGUCACGCUGUGUUCGAUAUGGCUUGGGCGGGCUUCUGCUUAGCUUUGACAGCUGUGAGGAGAGGGAGCUGGUAUGUCUCGCGCCACAGGCAGCUGGUGCCAUUCACCGGCACUCCCAACGGUUGGGUGGCUGACGACUGCUUGUUUAAUUGCUCCGGCUGUGCUUUACGUCGUGAUGCCCCUGUGGUGUUGAGAGGCUGCCGUGACAGUGUGCUUUCCUGCUUCCGUUGUGGUAUGUGUGGCGCUGCAUGCUGGGGGUGGUCCCCUCCUGCCGCGACUCCUUCAUUCGAACUCGGCUGGUUACGGUCAGGUGUGCCGACGUAGGGUUAGUAGUAGCGGCAGGUGAAGUUAGGGGUGUGGUUAAAGGGCGAAGAAGGACUGGCGUUGCGGCAGAGCUGUAGAAUAGCACACAGCGGUGUGCACGUGUGGACUGGCGGUGUGCUUCUUGGCUUCUCGUACAGGUGUGUGUGUGUGUGUGUGUGUGUGUGUGUGUGUGUGUGUGUGUGUGUGUGUGUGUGUGUGUGUGCGUGCGUGCGUGCGUGCGUGCGUGCGUGCGUGCGUGUGUGUGUGUGUGUGUGUGUGUGUGUGUGUGUGUGUGUGCGUGCGUGCGUGCGUGCGUGCGUGCGUGUGUGCGUGCGUGCGCAUGCAGUGUGUGGGGAAGCUGCCCAUGCAGCAGUAAGUAUGAUCCACCCAACCUGGACUGUUCGGCCCUGGCCGACCCCAGCGCCAGCCUGGCGGACUGCGCCCAUGACGACUGGGUUGUGGCGCCGGACUGCACGCAUGGCCAGGACGUCGCCAUGAUUGCAACAUAGGGCCAAACUGAUAUUACCGCGAUCAUGGCAUGAACAAGGGUGUGUCCCCAUUGGUUAAGUCAGCGGGACGGAGGUACUGGAAAGCGGUGAUGCAUGCGGUUUGCUGACGGUGACAGAGGCAGCGCCUUGCUUGCGGUAUAUGCAAACGGAAGUGGGGAAAUAGGGAGCAGGGGUGCCUGGGCGCGAUUGAUUGUGUGACGCGGGAUGUGACGCAGGAGCCGCAAUGUGGUAUGCGCGCAUACACCACGAAUAAGUAACAUAGCAGUGCGCUGUAUGCGAUAUGAUUUUGACUACCGUAGUACUUGGUCGGGUCUGGCAUGAAUAAACCGCUGCAGCAAGUGCAUGACAAGCAGGGGUGCCGCACGUCUUCUGGCGGGGGUGCACACGUGAAUUCGACGUGGUUUCCGUUACGCAGCUGUAUAUGUCUGCUGCCGUUUUUACACGCGGCAUACUAUUGGCCCCUAUGUACAUCUGGAAUGCAACCGUGAACUGGUGAUGUGCGCUGUGUCGAUCGUAGUGGCCUGACCAUGUAUGUAUAUGUACGCUCUGAUUGCGCCCCGGAUUCAAGUAUGAGGAGAGGGACAGAGGCACUGGAGAGGUCACGGGACAAGCAAUGCAGAUGUAUGGAAAGUGUGUGAGAGCUGUGUAUGUGUGUGCAUGCAUGCAAUGCAUGCAUGGAGUAUGUCAUCCGCCUGCAACGAGUGAAAAGGACUAGGAGCACGGAGUGCAACAGGGGCAGGGCGCCAUGGCACCCUGAGCAGGGGUGCCUGGGCGCGCAAGCAGGGGUGCGCAAGCACCCCUGCGCGCAAGCAAGGGACCUGGUUUGGAACAUGUGUUUGGGCGCUCAGCUUAGAAAGCCAGCACUGUGCAUCCAUCAUGUAACCAACAAGCUCC